CUUCUUCAUCCAUCUCUUACCACGAGAAAAAGGCGAACUGAACUAGCCCGGGGCAGAAUGGAGAAGCUCUCCACUCGUGGGGAUAAUAUAAAGUGAAAUAUGGAUGGCUUCGUUUAGAAGAAAGCCCAUGUUCGGCUCCCCUUGGGCAACCUUCCUCAUCGCCGCACCGGUUCUGCUUUUCUUCGGACUCCUGGUACUUCUCGUCCUCCAGACAGAGCACACCAUGUCCACUACUCUCUUUCCCAAGGUUCAGUCGCUUCUGGCGACCAUCGCUGCCAUUUCCGGGUUCGGAUCUGCCGCUUCGGCACAGUCGGUCGACGUGAGCUGGUACCCUCCCGCUCAGUCGCAAAUCAACCGCAACUUCACCCAGCUGCUGCACUCCGAGGGGACCUGGGGCUUUAUUUAUGACUCGUCCGAGACCCCCGACGGGGAGUAUGGGACGUACAACUGGUGCAAUAUGCCCCAUGUGAGGAAGACCGAGUACGUCAAGCCGUCACACGAGUACGAGUUGCAGUACGUUGAGCUGAUCCACCGCCAUCACAAACGGACUCCGUACUCGUCCAACGCGUUUCCCGUCGAACCCUACCGGUGGGACUGCGACGAGCAAGGGCUCUUCUACUACGGCGAGAGUCUCGACGGCACCCAGCACUCGGCCCGUACUUAUUGGAAGGUGUACAUCUCGCCCGUCAACCCUUUCGUACCCUCGGGUUGGAUCGGCACCUGCCAGUUCCCCCAGAUCACCACCGAAGGGCUCGACGAUUCGUACGUCCACGGUGCAGACCUCUUCCAAGUCUACCAUGACCUCCUCGGCUUCCUCCCCGGCCGUGACGACGAGGAUUGGCCGACCAAGGUCAAGUACCGCGUCACGAACAACCAGAUCACCAGCCAAGUAGCCGGUCUCCUGAUCAGGGGCAUGUGGGGUGACGCUGCUGCCGACCGCAUCGGACUCGCCAUCCAAGCCUCCGCCGUCGACAGCCUCGAACCCAGGUACAGCUGCCCCGCCGGCUCCUCCCUCUUCAACCGCAUCCGUUCCCGCGACAACCCCCGAUGGGCCGCCCACCUCCGUGCCGCGGGGGACCUGUACACCGUCCUCGACGACCUCGCCGGCGUGCCAGCCGACAACGAGGGGUUCCACGCCUCCUUCGAUCCGUACUACGACAACCUGUCGGCGCGCCAAUGCCACGGCAAACCGCUGCCGUGCAAGCUCCUCGUCGAGGGGGACGGGGACGGGGACGGGGACCAGGACCAGGACCAGGACGAGGACCCAGGGCAGCAGCAGUGCAUCACGCAAGACCUCGCCGACACGGUCUACCGCAUCGGAAACUGGGAGUACUCCCACAUCUACCGCGACAGCCCCGAAACCCUGGCCGCCAGCGCCGCCACCUACGGCGUCUGGCUUGCCGAGCUGGCCGCCCACCUGCGCGACGUCGUCGACGGCCGCCGCCACGACGACGACGACGACGACAACGGCAACGCCAUCUACUACCACAACAUCGCCCACGACGGGUCCGUCUCGCGCCUGCUCUCCUUCCUCCAGCUCGACACCAUGGUCUGGCCCGGCAUGGGCGCCGAGGUCGUCUUCGAGCUGUACCGGAAACGAACCGGCGAUGCCGCGCCUUCUUCCUCUGUUUCUUCGUCGCCGGCUCCCACCUCGGGCUGCUGCGGCGGCAGCAGGCCUUCCGCCCGUACCACUCGGAGAGAAAACGAAAGCGAGAGCGGGUGGUACGUGCGCGUGCUGUUUGGCGGACAGCUCUUCAAGUCGUCCAGUCCGACACUGGGUCUCUUGGACAUGAUCCCUAUCGAGACCCUCCUGGCCUACUUUGAUGGUUUGGUCGGGGAAAACGCCAGUUUGGUCAAGGAAAACUGCGGCUUCAGGUAGAGGGACGAGAGUGAGAGGCCCAUCACCAUCCAUCCGGUUUACACGAGAUGUUUGGGAGAGAAGUUCCAGGUCGAUUUACGAAGUUGGUAAUCUCUAUGUAGCAGUGGCAUAAUGGCGCCACUGGGUUUCGUAUACAGACUAUCGUAAUGCCUGCUUGCCUGUCCUUGAUAA